AUGGUUUUCUCAACCAAAUACUCUCUCACUCUGCCCGCCCCCGCCCUGGAGUAUAUCCAGCAAGUGCUCAUCGACGAUGAGUGGGCAGUGGGACUGGAACUUUGGGCUGCAGAGUAUCUGAAAGGAGAGGAGGCAUCUUCCCUCGUGUCACUGGAGGGCCUAAAGCGAGCGUAUGAGAUCCUGCAGUUGGGAACAGUGGACGACACCCAAGAGGCGGAUCCGUCAGAGGUGAAUGUUGAAGCGCACUUCUCGGUAGUCGACAGUUUCAACAUGCCGCCAGUCCGCUUCGACCCCGUGCGCGCUGCCUUCUCUGUUGCCAAGCGGAAGCCAUCGAUUGCUGGGCAGGCCGCGAGUCGCUCAUCGUAUCUGCGAGAGCGAUGGGGCAUUAUUCGUGAGAUUAUCCUGCGUAACGAGAACUUCACGCCCCCGGCACUUGGAGGACAGGACCGCGACAACUACCUGAAGUUGACGUCGACACGAAAUCUGCUGGGACGGGCAGGACAGCUGUUCCUCUUGUUCGGGAUGCUGAGUCGCAACCCGGAAGGGCGAUUGACUCUGGAGGACGGCGACGGCCGCGUGGUGCUCGACAUGGAGGAUGCGGUCCCAGGAGAAGGUCUCUUUACCGAGGGCUGCAUGGUGCUCAUCGAAGGAGAAUACACAGUCGACGACACGCUGCGAGUUCUGGCCAUGGGUCACCCUCCAAGCGAAAAACGACACAUUGCUCGUGGUCUUCAUGGCCACGUCGACUUCCUCGGCGGUGGUGCCAUGUCCGUGAAGGAGGAGAAGAAGUACCAGCCGACAGUGUUAGCGAACACGCAGGUAUCGUUCGUCGUGCUGUCUGACGUGUGGCUAGACCACCCCAGUACGCUCGUCGCACUGCGGCGGCUGUUCGAGGGGUACGCCGAGGCAGCCGAGUACCGACCAAUGGUCUUCGUCCUUUGCGGUAACUUCGUGCAGCGAGGCUGGGAGGGUGAAGGGGGGCUGAAGCAGUGCACCAACGGCUUCAACGCGCUGACGGACCUCAUCCUAUCGUUCCCGCUCUUGCUCCAGUCGCACUUCGUCUUCGUCCCUGGUCCACUCGACCCGUGGACCGGAACGACAUUGCCCCGGCCAGCGCUCCCGAAGAACUUCACGCAGCGCCUCGCCAGCCGCAUCCCUAAGGCGAAGUUUGUGUCCAACCCGUGCCGCCUGCGAUACUUUGGGCAAGACAUUGUCAUCUGCCGCGAGGAUCUCAUGGGCCGUAUGCUGCGUAACCUCGUCGGUGUGAAGAGCGCGAACGAAGGAGCGGACAUGAAGCGCUAUACAAUUCUCGACCAGGCGCAUCUCUCGCCGCUGCCCGAAAGUGUCCGUCCGACGCUGUGGGAGUUCGAUCACGCGCUGCGCCUAUACCCGAUGCCGACAGCGGUCGUACUUGCUGACAAGUACGAGCGCUACGAGCUGACGUAUGAAGGGUGCCAUGUGUUCAACCCGGGACGGUUCUCGUCAGUUCGUCACAACCAGCUGUACGGGAUGAGGAUCAGGCAGAAGAUGCAGUUGACUUCGCCCUCUGCCGUCUUUGCAUCUUCGAAGUGGCACCAGCCUGUGGUCAGCGUCGAUGCCGAUCGGAGGGGUCGGGGAUCCCGACUCACCGCCCUUGUUCAGGCCGUGUCUGCCCUCGCAGUUGCGCCAAUUGUCCGAGUAGAUGUACCCCUGGGACAUGGUGUCGAGCCUCUUUGGUGCCUUUCGUCUGUCUGGAAUGCCUGGAAUGCCAGCGAUGUUCGAGCCUGGACUUGCUAG